UUUCCACAUCGAAGGCACGACUGGUAAUACCCGCAUUAUUUAUCUUGCUCGGUUUCAUUUCUAUCUGAAAAGCUCAAUCCACCGACUAUGGCUGAAAACCUCACCGACGACCAGAUCUCCGAGUUCAAGGAGGCCUUCAGUCUCUUCGACAAGGAUGGCGAUGGUUGCAUCACCACCAAGGAGCUUGGAACUGUGAUGAGAUCUCUGGGGCAGAACCCAACUGAAGCUGAGCUCCAGGACAUGAUAAAUGAGGUCGAUGCUGAUGGCAAUGGUACCAUUGAUUUCCCAGAAUUCCUCAAUCUGAUGGCCAGGAAGAUGAAGGACACUGAUUCUGAGGAGGAGCUCAAGGAAGCUUUUCGGGUUUUUGACAAGGACCAGAAUGGCUUUAUUUCUGCUGCUGAGCUUCGCCAUGUGAUGACAAAUCUUGGUGAGAAGCUGACAGACGAGGAAGUUGAUGAGAUGAUCCGCGAGGCUGAUGUGGAUGGUGAUGGGCAGAUAAACUAUGAAGAGUUUGUCAAAGUUAUGAUGGCCAAGUGAGGACCUCUCACUCAAUUCAAAAAAUAGAUAUCAUUUAAAAAAAAAGUCCAAGGGAAGAGGGCAGAUAAGUUUGAUGAGAUUUCUAUUUGCCAUUAGGACAUCGUAAUAUUUUGUCAUGUCUGUUGAGUGGUUGGCUGUUUCUUGUGGUUUUAUCCAUAGUAUCCACUUCUUGUUCUGUUUCUUGUUUCGUAGUUUGGGUUGAUAGCGCCUGCUUUUAUGUUUUUGUAUUCCUUUCUAACCGUCGUGAACCUACAAUAUUUGGCGGUAUCUCAUGUUUUUUUUUUUCUUCUUAUGGAUGUCUAAUGUUGUUUAUAGUCAGAAUUUAAGCAUUACUUAUUUCUAGUUUGAGAUCACUAUCACACACUCUGAA